AUGCCGCUAACAUAUUGCUCAUCCUUUUCCGCCGUCGCAGACAUCGCCGACUUCAAUGGACAGACGUCAUUUCUAACUACCGACGGGCGCGUCAAGAAUCCUGUUCCCAGCAAGCUGCAGGGCAUGGCCGACAACAAAAAUGGCAACUUUGCUGUCAUGCAUAUUGAUUUAGGCCGAUCAGAAAAAUCCAUGCGCAACGACGCCGCCAAGCGCACUAGCGAAGGGACAGAGGCCGCCGCUCGAAUCGCCAACCAGGCCGGGUACCAGUCAGUUAAGCGCUCCAAACUCGUCUGGCCGCCUCCAGAUGGCGACCCAUCCAAUCCCACACACUUUGUCGGUCUGAGUCCCAAGGACGCCAAGGCUGAACAAGCCCGUCUACUCACCUUGCUGCGCUCUGUUAAUCCCGUCGCCAUUGCCGAUCAGCUUUGCAAGGCUGUCGCCUUCUUUGGAGGCAUUCCUGGCGCCCCCGCCCCCGAGACCAGAGCUCAUUUUCCACCAAGCCACCAGUUGAACGGAGCUGGCUCGCAAUUUGUGUCUUGGUUGGCUGAAAUAUUUCCCCCAUCGGCCGACCCCUCAUCGCUACCGCCGGCCUCUGCUCCUCCGAACCCUAAUGCCGCCCAGAAUCAGACACCACCGGUGUCAGCUCAACCGUUGCCACCAACGUAUAAUACUACACAGCAAGAUGGCAAAGCGACUGCGCAACCCGCAACUGCGGCCGCUAAUGUCACCGCCGACCCAAACGCACCCGCCGUUCCCAUCAAGAGAGGCCGCGGACGGCCAAAGGGUAGCAAGGGCAAACCGAAGAUAAAAGACCAGCCACCAAACGAUACUGACUCUAUGGCUACGCAAGGGUCCCAGGGACCCAACGCUACGGGCACUUGGCCCAGUCAGCAGAUCUAUUCAUCACAGCAAGGCACGCCGGGUCAGUCAGAUGCUGGAACGCCAGGGAAGAAGCGAGGUCGGCCGAAGGGCUCCAAGAACAAGCCCAGAAAUCCUGCUUCUACCACCGGAGAAACGGGCCCAAGCCAGGAUGCCGAAGAGUCUCAGGACUCUUUCAUGUCUCCCAUGGGCCAAAUGCCCAACUCGAUGUCUUUGGGCCAGGACGGUGGCACUCGACCCUCAUCUGGGACUCUCGGUGUCUCGAAUAUGGUGGAAACUGGCAGUUCACAACCGCAAAGUGGCUGGACCACUGUAGGGAUUCCAGUUGGCCAAGACGGAAGCCCAGCUCCGUCUCGCAAGCGCAAGAACGACAAAAAGCAGCCCGACACACCUGUCGGCCAUGGCAACAAUGCCGGCAUGCCUCCAGCAACUCAGCAAGACGAUGCGCAGGCUACCGAUCCAAAUAGCAAAAGGAGACGCUUUUCUAAGGAUGGCGCUCCUUUUCCGCAAAUGGGUACCCAGGUUAGAAUGACUUCAUCAGAGUCACCUAUUCAGAAUUCCAGCUUUCAAAGCGCAUCUCAACAGAUGGUGUCUCCUGGAAGCUUCGAUACUGCCCAACAGCCGCCGAAUCGAAAACCUGCCGCACGAAGUCAGCCUCCAAGUCGUCCUGGACAGCCCCAGGCACAGCAUCAGCAGCAGCAGCAGCAGCAGCAGUAUAGCCAGCAACCCGGGCAUCAACCCCAACCGCAGCAGCAACCAUUUCCCCCGCCCAGUCAGCCGCAGCAACAGCCCUUUGGGCAGCAGCCAGGACAGCACAAGUCACCAGUUAUUGGGGGCAAUCAGCCACAACAACCUUCGGCUGUCAUGGACCUGUCACGCAGUGUCAUGUACAAUCAGCAGCAGCAGCAGCAUCAACAGCAGUUUCAUCACUUUAUGAAUCAGCGGCUCUCGGUGGAUCUGAACCCAGGAGCGAAUCCGUCUAGCCAAUUUGGCCAAGCUAACAGCGGCGGCAAGAGCCCAAUGUUCCAGAGCCACAUGGUACGUGCUCCAUCCGGCGAUGCUGGCAUGCAACAUCAACAACGACCAUCACCUGCAGCCCAAGGUGCACAACUUACACAUGAUGGCUCUCGCAUGGGACAGGCAGGCUUUGCAGGCCGGGUCCCGCCGGCGACGUCCGCUGGAGCGUCGCCGUCGAUGAACAGCCCCUUCCCUCCCAACUAUGCGGCUCGGAACUACAUGGGUAUGAACUAUGCCGGUAUGAGCGGUGCGCGAGUACCUGAUGCUACGGAUCACACCUUUGGCGGCUCCACGGGUCAAAUGGGUACCAUGAAUAAUGCCGACCAGGCCCAUCGAAUGUACCACCAAUCGAUGCAGCAACAGCAGCAACGGCAAUGA